UGCAGAAGGAGAACAAACCCGCUUCUCAAAAUACCCAAAGGGGUUCACAUUUAUUGCCUGAAGUAAAAGGUUCUAAAUGUUUAUCAGAAUGAAGAAAUCUGGAGACAGUGGCAGUAAAGUAUCAUUUACCUCAGUUUCCAAUUUUACUAUUCAGUCAAUUCUUGGAACUGGGUCCGAGGACGCGCACAAGGACAGUUCUAAUUCUAGUUCCAGCGCCGCGCUGCUGCAGAGACAACGCAUGCGCUCAGUGUCUUCAGAAGGCUUCAGCGGUGGGGAGGAUUCUACAGACUUCUAUCGUUUACCCGGAGUAAAGAAACCAUGCAAUGACCUCAACGAUCUCACACUUCCUUGCCUAAGUGACAAAAACAAACUAAUUCUGGGGCAAGAGAAGGUGAAGAGACAUAAACUUUUUCAUGAUUAUAAAGAAGGUAAAGAGAGAUACUACUACCAAACAUCACCUGCUAUUUCAGAAGAAAAGGGUCAUAAUGACGACGACAAAACAUCCAACUCAUCCAGAAAGAAGUCUCGGACCGUAUUCUCACGGAGUCAGGUUUACCAACUAGAAUCGACGUUUGACAUGAAACGUUACCUUAGCAGUACAGAACGAGCUAGUCUCUCCUCCAGUCUCCAGCUGACAGAUAUACAGGUGAAAACGUGGUUCCAGAAUCGGAGGAACAAGUGGAAACGUCUGCUUUCUGCGGAGAUAGAGGCGGUGAACAUGGCUCAUGCGUCAUCCGCACAAACUCUGGUUGGGAUGCCGUUCUUCUUCAAAGACAAUUUCCAGCUACGGAUUCCUGUCCCUGGAUCAAUGACUUUCCCUACACCUCUAUAUUAUCCCGGGAGCAACAUGCAAGCUUUACCUUUGUACAAUUUUUUAUAA